AUGUCAGACGCCAAGUCCAAGUUUCGCGAUCUACCCCGCGCCGCGGGGCCCUUGAUCUGCCCAUACAAGGGAACUGCUCUCCUCCAAUCAUCCCAACUCAACAAAGGUUCAGCCUUUCCAGACAAUGAACGAUCAACAUUCAAGCUCCACAGUCUCCUCCCGCCAAACAUCCAGACAUUGGACGAGCAAGUUCAGCGCGCUUAUGAGCAGUACAAAACCAGAGCUGAUGACCUUGCCAAGAACACCUUCCUGGCUAGCAUGAAGUCACAGAACGAAGUGCUGUACUACAAGCUCCUGCAAACCCACCUGAAGGAGAUGUUCAGCGUGAUAUACACACCUACUGAAGGAGAUGCAAUUCAGAAUUACUCGCGGUUGUUCAGGAAGCCAGAAGGGUGUUUCUUGAAUAUCAAUGACCAGGAUCACUUUGACGAGUACCUCGCUGGGUUUGGGACUGGAGAGGAUGUUGAUUAUAUAGUUGUCAGUGAUGGAGAAGAGAUAUUGGGCAUUGGAGACCAGGGCGUCGGCGCUAUUCUCAUCUCGGUUGCCAAACUGGUUAUUACCACACUUUGUGCUGGAAUCCAUCCUUCGCGGCAGCUUCCUGUUGUACUGGAUUGUGGGACAGAUAACGAAGAGUUGCUCAAUGACUCUCUUUAUCUAGGUCUCCGACAGCAUCGGGUCAGAGGGGAGAAGUACGACGAAUUUGUGGAUAGAUUUGUCAAGGCUGCCCGCAAACAAUUUCCCAAGGCUUACAUCCACUUUGAGGACUUUGGCCUUAAUAAUGCACGGAGAAUCCUCGAUAGGUAUCAGUCGCAGAUACCCUGUUUCAAUGACGAUAUCCAGGGCACAGGGUGUGUCACACUCGCUGCCAUGUUGGCUGCCCUUCAAGUCAGCCAAGUCAAACUGGAAGAUGUGCGAGUAGUGAUCUUCGGCUCGGGAACAGCUGGUACUGGCAUUGCCGACCAGAUCUCAGAUACCAUUGCCACCGAGACACGCAAGUCGAAGGAUGAAGCAUCUAAACAAAUAUGGUGCAUCGACAAACCCGGUCUUCUUGUAAAGUCCCUCGGUGAUAAGCUGACCGAUGGCCAGAAAUCUUUCGCACGAGAUGAUGACGGGUGGCCGGAAGAUGAUCGGGAUCUUUUGUCGGUCAUCAAAAGAGUCCAUCCCCAUGUGCUUAUCGGGACAUCGACCAAGCCUGGAGCAUUCACUGAAGAUAUCGUUCGUGCGAUGGCCAGGAAGGUGGAACGACCAAUCAUCUUCCCCCUCAGCAAUCCUACACGACUCCAUGAGGCGAAACCGGUCGAUCUCUACGAAUGGACCGAUGGGCGCGCUCUAGUUGCCACGGGUAGUCCAUUCCCGCCAGUUACUCACAACGGCACGAAAUAUGACAUCGCGGAAUGCAACAACUCGACAUGUUUCCCAGGCAUUGGUCUUGGGGCAGUUCUGUCGCAGUGCCGUCUUGUAUCCAAGAAAAUGCUAGUAGCUGCGGUGGAGGCACUGAAGGCACGGUCACCAGCACUGAAAGACUCCGAUAAGCCGUUGCUACCCGAUGUAGAAGACGUGCGUGAAAUCAGUGUGGAUAUUGCUGCAGCUGUGAUAUUGUGUGCUGUAGAGGAGGGACUAGCACAGGCGGAGGGUAUUCCUACCACCGACUCGGAGUUGCGGGAGUGGAUUCGGGUCCAGAUGUGGGAGGCUGAGUACCGACCUAUAGUCUAUAAGAAUUAG